GCCUUGUGACACGCUCACACGCCGGGCGAGCGAGGAGAGCGCUUCCCCGGGCUGAGCCUGCCCUGCUGCCGCAGUAGUCAUGGCUGCUGACGGGGUGGACGAGCGCUCCCCUCUGCUCUCCGCGCCCAGCUCCGGCAAUGUCACCCCCACCGCGCCGCCCUAUUUACCAGAGAGCAGCCCCAGAGAACUCCCCCCUCCGUAUACCGCCAUAGCCAGUCCUGAUGCCAGUGGUGUUCCUGUAAUAAACUGCCGUGUGUGCCAAUCACUAAUCAAUUUGGAUGGCAAGCUUCACCAACAUGUUGUUAAAUGCACAGUUUGCAAUGAAGCUACGCCAAUCAAAAACCCUCCUUCAGGAAAGAAGUAUGUUAGAUGUCCAUGUAAUUGUCUUCUUAUCUGUAAGGAUACGUCUCGGCGAAUAGGAUGUCCGAGACCCAACUGUAGACGCAUCAUUAACCUGGGUCCAGUGAUGUUGAUUCCAGAAGAGCAGCCAGCUCAGCCUGCCUUGCCAGUUCAGCCAGAAGGUACUCGGGUGGUGUGUGGACACUGUGGAAAUACAUUCCUGUGGAUGGAACUGAGGUUUAACACUUUGGCAAAAUGCCCACACUGCAAAAAAAUGUAAGUUUCCUAAAAAUGCUAAGUUUGUUGGAGAGACAUUAGAAACAAAUUUAAAGUAGUUAAACUUAUGUCAAAUAUUAUUGCUAGAGAACAGGCUGACAUGCAGAUACUUUGUUUUCUAUACCUGAGAAUACUGAGACUAAAGAGAGUAAUAUGUGCCAGUGAACCCUCCCCUCCUUAUUCCCUAUAAGUUAGUAACGGUUUAACAUAUGCAGGUUAGGUUAGUAACUGCAUUAAUUUGAUUGCCA